AUGUCUGGAAGCUUUCGAAACUUUUCAUCAUUACCGGCCGAGAUACGGUCCAUGAUCUGGGAGUACUCGCUCCCGGAGCCGCGAGUCUACGAGGUGCUGGACGCGCCGAGCGCCAAGCAGAAGACGCCGGCGCAGAAGGGCCUGAUGUUUGCCAACGUGCACACGGAGCCGCCGCCGGCGGUAGCGGCCGUCUGCCGCGAGGCGCGGUACUACGUGCUGCGCGACUACAAGCCGCUGACGCUCGGCGGGACGACCAAGUUCGUGGACCUCUCGCGCGACAUCCUGCUGCUGGAGCCGUACCUGCUCAUCAAGCGCCUGCACCGCACGCUGCACUUCAUGGGCCAGAUACCGCUGAUCCGGGACAAGAUCAGCCGGCUGGCGCUGGGCACCUCGUACGGCGUCUACACGGGGAUCUGCCACCCGGUCCUCAGCUGGAAGGUGUCCAAGAACAACAUGGGCAAGCUGCUGCUGGCGCUGGCGGGGUUCCCCCGGCUCCGGACGUUGAUCUUUGUCGUGCACCAGGAGUUCCAGUUCGACUUUGACUUUCGGUGCGCGCCGCCGCCGGCGCUGCUCCUGCCGCAGAUAACGCCGCCGCCGCCGCCGGGGUCGAUCGCGGCGGCGGCGGCCACGGCGGCGGCGGCGGCGGCGGCGAGCACUGCCGGCCACCAUGGCCACCACCACCACCACCAUACUCAUCAUACUCAUACGCAUAAUCACACGCAUACGCAUACGCAUACGACGCAUACCUCGCUGCUGCAGCCGAUCUACGAGCCGCGGACGCAGCUCGUGCACCAGGCGUACCGGUUCAAGUUCGACAUCGAGGCCAACAUCAACCACCGGCCCCUGCGGCGGCCGCACCUCAACGAGCUGCUGUACUACCCGCUCGACGACGGCGCGGGCGAGGACAGCAAGGAAGACGAGAGGGACCUCUGGGACCUGCCCGGCCUGCUGCUCGGGGAGGGCUCGGGGGCGGCGGGGGCGGGGGCGGAGGACGAGGAGGGCUGGUGCGACCCCUGGCCGACCAACGACGACUGGAGGCGGUUCAAGAGGCGCUUCCAGAGGGCGAUACUGGUGGCGCUCGAGAUGGGGUUCGUGGACCGCGGCGUGGUCGGGCGGGGCCGGCUGCCCGGGAUCAAGGGGGCGAGUCUGCUCUGGCGGUAUGGCAGGGGUUGUGGGGAGUGA